CCCGAGUGUGUUUUCUAUGGGAUGUACGAGAAGAUCCUGCUGUUUCGCCAUGACCAGACGUCGGAGAACGUGCUGCAGCUGCUGCGCUCGGCCUCCCAGAUCCAGGAGGGAGACCUGGUGGAGGCCGUGCUGUCAGCUUCAGCCACAGUGGAGGACUUCCAGAUCCGUCCGCACUGUCUGUUUGUUCACUCGUACCGAGCUCCGGCCUUCUGCGACCACUGUGGAGAGAUGCUGUGGGGACUCGUACGACAGGGACUCAAAUGUGAAGGCUGCGGUCUGAACUACCACAAGCGUUGUGCCUUUAAGAUCCCCAAUAACUGCAGCGGAGUCAGGAGGCGCCGCUCGUCCAACGUCUCCCUGACGGGGGGGCUGGUGAACAUGGGCCGCCCCCUUUCUGCUGAGCCCUCGCCGCCCCACUACACCGAAGAUGCAUUACUGUCUCCAGUGAGUCCCAGCAUGGAGCAGAAGAACCAGUUAGAAUAUUUCCCCGGCAGAGAGCGGCGCUUGAGCUCACAGUCCUACAUCGGCCGCCCCAUCGAACUGGACAAGAUCUUGCUGUCGAAGGUCAAAGUUCCUCACACCUUCCUGAUCCACUCGUACACCCGACCCACCGUCUGCCAGCACUGCAAGAAGCUGCUGAAAGGCCUCUUCAGACAGGGCCUGCAGUGUAAAGAUUGUAAAUUCAAUUGUCAUAAACGAUGUGCUCCUAAAGUGCCAAACAACUGCCUGGGAGAAGUUUCCAGAAAUGGAGAGCUCCUGAGCCCGGGGGCGGAGUCAGACGUCGUCAUGGUGGAGGGUUGCCUUGACGACCAUGAUGUGGACAGAGGCGGCGGCCUGUUGGACGACAUGGACGAAGCGCUGACAUCAGAGGGGGGUCUCCUGCUGGAGGCGGGGCCGAGCGACCUCUGCGACCUGCACGACCCCGACCUGGACGAGUCCAACCGGGCCAUCAGCCCGUCCACCAGUAACAACAUCCCUCUGAUGCGAGUCGUUCAGUCCGUCAAACACACAAAGAGGAAGAGCAGCAGCGUGAUGAAGGAGGGCUGGAUGGUCCACUACACCAGCAAGGACACUCUGAGGAAGAGACAUUACUGGCGGCUGGACAGUAAAUGCAUCACGCUGUUUCACAACGACACAGGAAGUAAAUACUAUAAGGAGAUCCCUCUGUCAGAGAUCUUAUCUCUGGAGCCAGCUCAGACCCUUUCUCUGCUUCCCGAUGGAGCCAAUCCUCACUGCUUCGAAAUCGCCACGGCGUCGCUGGUUUACUACAUCGGAGAGAACCUGCAGAGAGCUGAAUCAUCAGUGACCGGCAGCAGCAUUCUGGUCAGCGGGGUCGGCCAGGAUGUGGCCCGGAUGUGGGAGAUGGCCAUCCAGCAUGCUCUGAUGCCGGCUGUCUCUACAGGGAUUUCCCACAGCUCUCACCGCAGUGGACACAAGGAGAUUUCCAUCAGUAUCUCUGUCUCCAACUGCCAGAUCCAGGAGAAUGUGGAUAUUAACUCUGUGUAUCAGAUCUUCCCGGACGAGGUUCUCGGCUCGGGACAGUUUGGAAUAGUCUAUGGAGGUAAACACAGGAAGUCUGGCCGAGACGUCGCCAUCAAGAUCAUCGACAAACUGCGUUUUCCCACCAAACAGGAGAGUCAGCUGCGUAACGAGGUGGCCAUCCUGCAGAGUCUGCACCACCCAGGCGUGGUCAACCUCGACUGCAUGUUCGAGACGCCGGAGAGGGUGUUCGUGGUCAUGGAGAAGCUCCACGGAGACAUGCUGGAGAUGAUCCUGUCGAGUGAGAAAGGACGACUGCCCGAGAGGAUCACCAAGUUCAUGGUCACACAGAUCCUGGUGGCUUUGCGUCACCUCCACUUCAAGAACAUCGUCCACUGUGAUCUUAAACCCGAGAACGUCCUGCUGGCUUCUGCAGACUCAUUCCCGCAGGUGAAGCUUUGUGACUUUGGUUUCGCUCGGAUCAUUGGUGAGAAGUCGUUCCGUCGUUCGGUGGUCGGCACGCCGGCCUAUCUCGCUCCCGAAGUCCUGAGGAACAAAGGCUACAACCGCUCUCUGGACAUGUGGUCGGUCGGAGUCAUCAUCUACGUCAGUCUCAGUGGGACUUUCCCUUUCAAUGAAGAUGAAGAUAUCAACGAUCAGAUCCAGAACGCUGCCUUCAUGUACCCUCCUCAUCCCUGGAAGAAAGUUUCCCAGGAAGCGAUCGACCUGAUUAACAACCUGCUGCAGGUGAAGAUGAGGAAGAGAUACAGCGUCGACAAGACCCUCAGUCACCCCUGGUUACAGGACUACCAGAUGUGGUUGGACCUGAGAAACCUGGAGUCUCGGAUGAACGAGCGCUACAUCACCCACGAGAGCGACGACCUGCGCUGGCAUCACCACGCCCAGCUGAGCGGCCUCGACUACCCCACGCACCUCGCCAACGGCCCCCGCAGCGACUGCGGGUCGGGGGUGGAACGCUACAAGGAGCAAGAAGAGGAGCUGGAGACCCUCAGUGAGAGGGUCAGUGAACUCUGA